GGCAAAGCAUGGUGGAUUGGAUAAGUACGGAGGGGUCAGGACGUUAUCUGCGCUGCCUGGUAGAAGUAUCGCUAAAAGCCGAUAAGCACCUGGAAGCCACGGAGGAGAUUGGGGCGCGCACUUGGCCCCCUUGCGAAUGUGGCGGUGGCACAGCAGCGGUGCUUCACCCAGCUGGGCGGUUAUUCUUGGCGCCUUGUGAGCCAGCCAGGCUUGAGUGCCUCUGCUGGACGAACACAAUCUAAUCGAGCACAACUCUCACACCUCACGAUCCCAAACAAACACGACCGGAACCCGAAGAGCAAGAGCAGUCGGGCAGCACAGACCACCCCCCCGCGCCCCGGCACCUCAGAUCUCCCUUCACCAUGGAAUGGUAUUACCGUCUUGUGAUGGGCCAACGGAGUAACUGCGUGAGAAACGAGCAUGUGGAACUACUGUUGUCUUGCACACUUCCAGAGAUCGAUCUGGAGAAUCUGUCAUUCGAAAACCUUGAGGAGAUAUUGCCGAGACUCUUUUUUUCCAAGAAGAAGAUCACCAAGAAAUUCGGCGAUGUCCCUGUCCUUGAACGGCUCUUGCAGUGCAGCUGUCGCGACUGCAAUACCCUGCGCACAAGAGAUCCACAAACCAUCCGUGACGAAAUGUUGGGCUCACCAAAAGGCUCAAUUCUGCUCUUAGCACUGGUGUUUCUGAUAUAUCUCGACAGGCUUCACUACAUCUAUCCCUUGAUCUCCUUGGGCUCGAUGACAAACGACAGUCUACAGAGUAUCAUCCGGCACCUUAGUCCGGACAGUGACGGGAUGAGAGGGCUCAUCAUGAAGAAGGAAGAUUUGAAACUUAUCGAUACACCUGAGAAGAAUCUGAGUGCAGAACGUCAAGCGGAAAAAAGAGAAAAAACAAGGCAGUGGGCGCGGCUACACGAAACAUUCAAGGCCAUGCGCGACGAAGUGUCUUGUAUGUUUGAGCCUGUGAUUAUCCGGUUGUUGAGUCAGAAUGACUCGUAUCCGUGGUACCCUGAUAACUCUCGGUUUCCUUUUCUAGACGCCGAAGAUCGAGUGCCUCAAGGGUCAUUUGGCACUGUCACUAAAUUUCGUAUUCCGUCAGAAUACCUCGACAAAUCCAUCAAGGGUUUUAUGGAGAGUCGAUAUCGAGGUUCGAGGGAUGAGGAAACCGGAGAGUAUCUUUUCGUUCGGAAGUCCUUGGUGCUUCAGAAGGAUGAGAUGCCACACAAUCCGACCACUGGCAGUAACGAAGGCACGAUAGCCCGUCUAGCCUCCAUGAUAAACGGGGACGCGGCAGACAACAUCAUCAGCCUUCUCACCCUAUAUACUUGGAGGAGCAGCCUGUAUUUCAUCUUUCCAUGCCUGAAAACGGACUUAUACCAUCUACUUCGCCAAACGACCCUCCCCGGGGACCAAACUAAGCCCACGAAGCUACGUUCAAACGAGGAACUACCAAAGCAUUGGCUGUGGAAACAAAUGAUUGGCGUUGCUCAUGCACUCAGCGCCAUUCACACGAAUAUGAAGCACCCCCAUGGGGAGGUCGAGGGAUACAUCAUCGCCUCGCACUUUGAUCUUAAGCCAGCAAACAUCCUGGUCACCAGUCAAGGUGUGCUUAAAAUCACAGACUUUGGCGAAUCGGUUAUAAGCGUGACCAAAAGCCUUAAAAACUUGUCAACGCCUUUCAGACCAGGUGACCCCAAGUACGCUGCUCCUGAGUCCAGGCCCUCGGAAGCAGAGCUUGCGAGGGCUUAUGGGGCUGGAGAGGACAGUUUUCAGGUCUUACUUAAUUACGACGUCUGGGCGCUAGCUUGCGUCAUGACAGAGGUCCUUGUCGUGUUGUUGGAUACCGAGGAGCGCCCGGCAGGGACAGCUAUCGACAGAUUCCAUGCCAAGCUCGAGAAAGAAUCUCGGGUCGAAGAAACGCGAGGCACAUUUCUCGAGGGAGGCCAUGAGCUCAAGCCCUAUGCCCGCAAGGUACUGGAAAACUUUCCAAAACUCCCGCGCUUUGCCCACGAUGGUCCGCAGAAAUGGUAUAUGCAGAGUGUCUCCAAUUUGCUCCUCAGGAUGUUCAGCACCGACAGCAGCAAGCGACCGUUUUCAGCUCGUGUCCUCGAGGAAUUGACACAGGCAGAGAAAAUCUACUGGCAAAAUGUUGAGAAUCAUCGCGACCCACUUGCCUGGGAUGUCGGUCAGGCACGCUUGACGCAUGGCGGCCACUCUGAAUUCCAAGAAGUUGGCUGGGGUCAAUCAGGCUCUUUUCUUUCUUUCCUUCACAUGGAUGGCGUGACCUUGAAGGUGAUCGAUGAAGAUGGAAGGGUAACAGCUGGAGACCAUUCUCAGGGAGCUAAAUGUCGAUUCCAGCUCUUUUAUCGAGCCUCCGCUUUGGUGGAGGAACAAUCAGAACCGGAACCCACAUCCCUUUCGAAGACUGGGAGUUCAUCAGGGAGUAGACGAUCGAACUUCAACCCUUUCAAACUCAAGAAUGCCGAACAAAAGCCCAAGCCGAAACUGGUCCAGCGACCGUCAAAGUUCAUCCUGAAAUGGGGAGUUAUUUCGCAAGAGAGUAACUACCGAAGUCCUCAUCAUAUUAAGGAGACACACAUUAUCCCAUCUCAAUGGUCCUUUACCCCGAGGUACAUUUUAAACCCUGAGUUGGACCUGGGAUUCAUCCUCUUCAAGGAUUCUGCGAACGGUGUUGAUAAUAUUCUGCACUUUGAAUUUGACUCACUGGAAAAAGUUCGAAGCUUCCAGGCUGCCCUCCUCCGUUACACAGUCCAGGGCAAUAUACUGCAAGCUAAAACGGUCAAUUAUACCAAGUUGUUUGGAAAGCCCACACCGUUGUUCCCGGAUGGCGGUGAGCCAAUGAUCCAAGUUUGGGCAAAGGACAGCCCACCUUUUCUUACAGUGGACCAAGCUGGUAGGCCACAAUCGAAGGGACCUAUCGAAAACACUCAGCCACGCCAGUUGGAUAAAACACCACCUCCGAAGGCGCUGGUCUUCUUCGAAAAGCGUAGCGAUAUGCAGUUCGCUCUACAUCUUACCGCUCAGGUCACCAACAAACUAUUCAACGACUCCAGACACCUUCGCGGCAUUGUUUGCACGCGGGGGCCGUCGCGUGACCAUUUUCCCCUCAUAUGCAUCCCAUCCGGCAAUCGAAGGCCAAAGCAGAAUGUUAAUAAGCUUUUGUGGAAGUCCAGUAUGCCGCUCAUUCAGGGGCUCGUGGAACCAGAUGUCAGCCAGGACGAUGUCGAUAAGAAACGGGUGGUUCUCAAGCUGAAGGAGAUGGAACUGAUAAUGGAAACCCAGGUUGGCUAUAAGACGAUCAAGAGCCAUGUGCAAGGGGCGUGGGAGAAAUAAGGGCUGAGAUAACUGUGAUGACCUCGUCACCAAGGGCAGAUACAGCUGUUGCUACACGGGGACGAGUUACUAAUUCUUGCUAUGAUCGUGAAUGGAUACAUAAUGUAAAUUGCUGUUAUGGAGCCCCCACUGUACCUUUCUGCCCGUGAUGACUUGCCUUGCGCAAUUCUAUCACAAUAUAGAACCCCAUAGUCAGAGCCA